UAACAGAAUUUAGUUUGACGUUUACGUCGUUUCAGACGUGAUUGUAUUCUUUGAAAACUUUUUGUUUUCUGAAUUCUGAUAUUUAUAUUUACAAUGUGUUUAUAUGUAAAGUGACGUGUGUUAUAUUUACCUAGUUUAAAUUAGUGUAAAUAAUAAUUUCAAUUAAUUUUAUCUAAAAUAGUGUGUGUUGUUUUGAUAAUGACUCUGACGUCUGAAGAAGUAUCCAACCGAUAUCCAAUCCAUUGGCUUGUUUGGAAUAACAAUCAUAAUGAGCUGAAAAAUGCUUUGGAAGCCAAUAAGUUUACGUCAGAAGAUAUAGAGAGAAAGGAUCCUCGGGGCCGAACACCAUUAUUACUGGCCGUCACUCUAGGACACAUUGAGUGUGUGCAGGCAUUGAUUAAUGUUGACGCUGAUGUCAACUGUGAGAAGGACGGAUGGACAGCGGUCCAAGAAGCAACGGCAACUGGCAACCCUGAACUUCUAUCGUUGGUGCUGGGACGACGGGACUAUCAGAGGCAUGUUGUCCGCUCUAGUGGCAUCCCUGACCUACUGAAUAAGUUGAGCCUCGCACCAGACUUCUAUGUGGAGAUGAAAUGGGAGUUCACCAGCUGGGUGCCGCUUGUGUCUAGGAUGUGCCCUUUUGAUACAUACAAGGUGUACAAACGCGGUGCUAACGUGCGCGUCGACACGACGCUGGUGGGCUUCGAGAACAACAAGUGGCAGAGAGGGGAUAGGACGUACAUAUUUAGGGGACAGGGUCGCAGCGCAAGUCUGGUGGAGCUCGAUCACGAGGCUGGCACGUCGUGGUGUGAGUACCUGGAGGGAGGGGGCUCGCGCGUGGGAGGGGGACAGGUGCCCGCGCCGCACGUGGUGGAGCAGAGACUCGCCGUGCCCAUAGCCAUCAACUACCUCGAUACAGACAAGAUCAGCUUUGAGAGAAAUAAAAGCGGUAUAUGGGGCUGGAGGCAGGACAAGAGCGAGACGGUGAACGGCUACGAGUGCAAGGUGUUCAGCGCGAACAACGUGGAGCUGGUGUCCAAGACCAGGGCGGAGCACCUGCCGCGGGGGGAGCGCCGCCCUCACGCCUCGCGGCCCCCGCUGGCAGGGCUGCUGGCGCUCGCCGACGACGACCACUCCACCACCACCAGCCCGCUACUCACACCUGAUAACGAGGACACGCCCCGUCGGAGCAGAUCGCGCGAGGAGCUCCGCCCCGUCAGCUGGGAGGAGUACUUCGGCGAGGGAGACGAGAGGGAGCUGCGCCCCCGGGACGUCACCACCAAGGUGCAGAAGUUCAGGGCGACACUCUGGCUCUGUGAGGAUUAUCCGUUACAGCUCCAGGAGCAGAUAAUGCCGAUCCUGGACCUGAUGGCUGCCAUCUCCUCGCCUCACUUCGCCAAGCUGAAGGACUUCGUGCAGAUGCAGCUGCCGGCCGGGUUCCCGGUCAAGAUCGAGAUACCUCUGUUCCACGUUUUGAACGCUCGCAUCACCUUCGGCAACAUCUUCGCAACGGAGACUCCCGUGGAACACGUGGAGUGUAUCCAGGAGGGGGCGCGCCUUUCGUGUGUGCUGGACGACAGGUGCUUCAGCGUGGGACGCGGGUACAGCGACGCCGCCGCCCCCGACGACCACCGAGACGACGAGGGCCUGCUGCGGUACGCCAUACAACAGAGCCUCAUGGACGCCGGCACCCACGACGAACAGGUGGAUGUAUGGGAGGCUCUCCGCGGCGCGCGCUGCACGUCCCCGGUGGCGCCCCGGCCUCGCUCGCCGCCCCCGCUACUGGCACACGAGGAUCACUACUUACAGAGAGCGAUAGAGGCGUCGCUGUCCGGACUCACUGUGCACAGUCCGGGGCUGGAGGACGGCGAGGAGGAAGACGGAGAGGAGCUGGACGAAGACCUGCGAGCGGCCUUACAGGUGUCCGCUCAGGAACACGCGCACAGGGACCAGCUGCUCAGGGACGAGCAGAGGCAGCUGGACGAGGCGCUCAGACUGUCGCUCCUGGACAAGUGAUUUCCGUUGAAACUGCGUCCUUGUGUUAUCCCCCGCCACUAUAGCUAGCUAUAGUCCCGCCGCGAACUAUAGACUAUAACUGUACAAACACGUUUAUACAUGAGACGAUUCUGGUGCGUAUAUCAUUUAAGUUGAACUCCCACAGAGCCUUCAUGACGCUCUUAUCGUGUUAAUUAUCCUAUGUCAUUUCCGCUUUCUUAUAAAAUGUUUUCAAGUACCAUUCGUUGUAAAAUUAAAUUAAUAUAUUACAGUUAGUUCAUAUUUAUUUAUUACAUAAAUAAUUUCUUUGUAACGAUUUAGUAUUUAAAAGUAUUUUAUUCCUCGCGUCCUGCGGAAGGUCGAUUGCUAUAUAAAUCUGAUGUUGUAAUGAUAGGUAAUAAACAUAUUUCGGCCGAUGGCCUCUGUCCUUGUUAGUCGUUUAAGAAUAUACCAAAAAUAUAAUCUAUUUAUGAAUUCGGACUUCCGUCUGUAAGUAUUGUAUGGUAACGUGAUCUCUCCUAGGUUAUAUCUCCUCCUUCACACAUUCGACUCGCCGUUUUUUAGUGAAUACAAUCUAAAUUUCUCAUAAGUUCCCGUCAUGAUAAUCAGAGUAAAAUUAUUUUAAAUCAAGCGAAGGCGAUACCGACACGUGAAUGUAUUUCGUUUUACAAACGUCGAGAAAAGAGAAAUAUUCUUAUUGGUUUCAACGUAAAUUGUAAAUUGUAUAUUGAGCUACUUGUAGGUGUCCUGGAACUACAUAAAUACAAUCAAUCAAUUAUAAAAUCUUCCGAUAUCUAAUUAAUUUUAUGUAAUAAGUACAGUUAUGUAUUUUGUUUUAAGCAUUGACGUCGUGAGGGAUGUUAGAAAUAAAAUAAUUAUAGAAAAUUUAUAUAUAUAUAUAUAUAUAUUUUCUUUGACUUACGUAAAUAUUAUUUUUGUUUGGACAAAUAUCACGUCCCUCACGAUGCGAUCGUGUUGUAAACAUGUUACUUAAACAAAGGAUCGUAUAAUAUAUGUUUCAUAUUAAUUUAUAACUGUGAAUGAAUAAGUAUUAAGGGCUUAGAAAUUCCUCUCGCUGUAAACGAGCUCGGAGUUUACGAGCGCCAUGAUAUGGGACGUUAUUCCUCAACUGUGAUUUCUAGUCAGCGGAUUGCUCGUCUCUGCCACCUGAACACUGCCAUUUAGUUUGCCUUUUAGUAACAGUGCCAUCUGUCGACGCCUAGUAGCAUUCGCUAGUUCUGUUUUCGUCUCACAGAUGGCGCUGUUGUUAAAAGUGUAAUAUCGAGAUGUCAAAUUGUAGAACAUUUUUGUUGAAGUCGAGCGCGAGGAAUCCGAUGGCUUAUAUGAUACGUGUUUCAAAAUAUUUCCUAUAGCGAUUAUUGUACAACUCAGUGGAAUUGUGUAACUAUGAAAUAUAUUUCUGUAUUUGAAAUUUUUGAAUACAA